UUAACAACAUUGGGAUCGAAUCGAAUCUGGUGCAAUUUCAACGUKAAUUUGAUUCCUUAGGAGUCCUUCUAACGAUAAAAUCACACCUCAAACAAGUAAAAAUCUACAAGAAGCGUUAGAUUCGCUGCUGGAUCGCUUGAUUUAUAGUUCGUGCAGCAUGACUGUGAGCAGCCGUUACAACGUUAUAUUGGGCUGACUAUGACAAUGAUUUCUUAAUAAUGUCUCAAAGACAACAGCGUAGUUUUCUUUACUUUCACCAAGCAGACGACGAAUCAAGUCUCCAUGGAGACAGCAGUCCUACGGAUGGCCAGUUGUUAAAGAUUGAAUUGAGUCUCAAAGCAGGMGGUCUUGGCUUCAAUAUUCAGGGAGGUCGCGACAAACCCGUCAGACAAGGUGAUCCGAGUAUUUACAUCAGUCGGCUAAGGACUGGGGCUACUGCACAAAGAGAUGGUCGUCUACACCCCGGUGAUAGAAUUCUGCAGAUAAACGGAACCGAUACCCGUGACGUCACUCAUGCCGAGGCAUUGAAUUUGUUCCGACAGAAUCAAAAAACUAUAAGUCUACUGGUGGAACCAAACGCUAUAGCGCCGAGUGAGUUGUCGUCAAAAGAAAAAGAGGAUGAAGUCCARCGAAUUGAACUUCGUAAAGACAAGAAAGGUAAAGGCCUUGGGUUCAAUGUAAGAGGAGGCACAGACAACCCAUACGUACCAGAUGACUAUGGUAUCUUCGUUACUAGGAUACGCAAUGAUGGCGCCGCUGCCUUUGAUGGGCGUUUGAAUGUUGGGGAUAAAAUAUUUCGUAUUAGUAUAUGAAGAAACAGAAAAACUUGAACCUCCAGAUUUCAUUACAAAACGAAAGCAAUACAUGGAUAACCUAAAGAAAGCACAACUGGAAUUUGAAGAGGAAAUCACUCAAGACAAAUCAGGAAAGGUUCAUUUCAUCAAGUGUCAUGUACCAUGGGAAGUAAUGCUAUUUUAUGCAGAGGAAUUGAGUUUUAGAGCUCCACUAAAGCUAAGGACUGGUGUCAAAAUCAACUGGUCUGAGAGAAUGAUGAAGAAGAUCCACUUACCAAACAUAUUCAAAGACGACGUCCCUGACACACCUCCAGACUACUUUACAACUCAAUUCCAGGCCGAUAAACUACACAAAUUUCUUAACAGUAACGAUCCUGACAAUUAUUUCACUGACACAGAGAGAACAAGAGUGGCAAGUGAAAUCUUAGAAACAGCUUGUUAUGGUAACAGACAAAGAGGAGAAAUAGGAAUAAGCCGUUUGGUUAACGAUGGGAUCUACACUGCUGCGUAUCCGUUGCAUGUGGGACCGUUUGAAUUACCCAGAGCAUACCAUCAUGGACCACAUGGACCCGAUGAAAUCAAACUAAAUAAGAGACAGGUUCUCAAAGAAUUCUGGGCUCGAUGGGGUAAAUGGUACAAAUAUCAACCUCUUGAUCACAUCAGAUUUUAUUUUGGAGAAAAAAUUGCUAUAUAUUUCGCCUGGCUUGGUCAAUACACCGCAUGGCUUAUCAUGCCUUCUGUUCUUGGUUUAAUUGUAUUUAUUUUUGGUUUUGCGACGAUGGAAUCCGGGAACAACAGACCAGCCAUGGACAUGUGUAAAUUCCCCAAAUGGACAUUCCCUAUGUGUCCUAAUUGUGAGGUCGGUUGUAACGUAUGGGACCUGCACACUGCUUGUUCACGAGCUAAGCAUGCGUACUUAUUCGAUAAUCCGAUGACAGUAGCUUAUGCUAUAUUCGUCUCUUUCUGGGCUGUAUUCUUCCUGGAGUUUUGGAAAAGAAAAGAAGUAACUCUUGGUUUCAACUGGGAUGUAUUAGAAUUCGAAGAAGAAGAGGAGCGCCCUCGUCCUACCUUUGCUGCCUUAGCUCCUACUGUCGAACGUAAUCCCAUCACUGGACUAUUGGAGCCUUACUUUCCACAAGAGAAACGAUCGUUUCGAAUGUAUUCGGGUAUAGCAAUUAUUAUAGGAAUGGUAUCGCUAGUACUUUUAUUCAUGGUCGGUGUCAUUGUCUACAAGUUACUUGUUAUUCAUCCUUUGUACAAAAGUCCUGAGUUCCAGUCCCACGCCAACACGGUGGUGUCGGCCACUGGAGCCAUACUCAAUUUAAUCAUUAUCAUGAUACUGAGCAGAGUGUAUGAGAAGCUGGCCCUUCUCCUCAACCACUGGGAAAUGCAUCGAACUCAAACAGAAUACGAAGACAAUUUAACGCUUAAGGUGUUCAUCUUCCAAUUUGUCAACUUCUAUUCAUCCAUUUUCUACAUUGCUUUCUUCAAGGGAAAGUUUAAGGGGUAUCCUGGAAAUUAUGGUAAAACCUUCGGAUUACGAAACGAAGAGUGUAGCCCCGGCGGGUGUCUGAUAGAGUUAGCUCAACAAUUAGCAGUGAUCAUGAUUGGAAAGCAGGUUAUUGGCAAUGUACAAGAAGUGUUGAUACCAGAGAUAAAACAGUAUUUUAGAAAACGAAAACGAGGCUCAAAAGGAGACGACGACAUCAAACCUCGCUGGGAAGCCGACUACGAAUUGCUGGAAAAUGAAGGCCUCUUUCAGGAAUACCUUGAAAUGGUUAUCCAAUUUGGUUUCAUUACUUUAUUUGUGGCUGCCUUCCCAUUGGCUCCUUUCUUCGCGUUGGCCAAUAACAUUUUUGAAAUAAGAAUAGACGCAGACAAAUUCGUGUGUGAUCUAAGACGAUCUACCGCUGACCGUGCACAGGACAUUGGAGUCUGGUUUACGAUUCUGGAGAGCAUCGCGAAACUUGCGGUUAUAAGCAAUGCGUUCCUGAUUGCCUUCACAUCUGAAUUUUUACCCAAAUUAUUAUACGCGGGGAUCAUUUCUCCUGACCAUUCUUUGCGAGGAUAUUUGAACUUUAGCCUUGCCUGGGCUCCAACAAACACCACUUCGAAACCUUGCAGAUAUAGUGACUUUAGAGAUGGUAAAGGGACUUUAACCUCGUUUUACUGGCAUUUACUCACACUAAAACUGGCUUUUGUUAUUUUAUUUGAGCACUUCGUAUUUGGUGUUUGUACACUUAUUGACGUCAUGGUUCCCGACGUGCCUCAGGGGCUGCAAGAAACCAUUAAGAGAGAGAAAUACCUAGCUACCCAGGCCCUCGCUUCACACCACGGCCUGCUACAAGGCAACGACGAUGACUUCAAUGAUGACACAUUAGUUAAUAUUGCAUAAUAAUAAUAUUGCAUUUAACCUUUCAAAGUGGACGGUUAACGCAGGUUGACCGCUGAAUAGAGGUUGAACAGAGAAAUGGGUGACCUUGUAAUAAGAGACACAUGUAAAGUACGAGUUGUACAAGAUGCACAUGGAAAAAUGCUAAUACUGAAUGGCAUAAAAUUCAACUUUCUCUGAUUAUAGGUGAUUUGUAUAGUAUGGCUUCAUUAACUACAACUACCAGAAUGCUUUGCCCACUUUCUUUUGUUAUGCAAUUAGUGCCAAUAGGCAAUGUGCAGCGACGCCAUUUUGUGCAGCAAAGCAUGAUGGUAGUUGUAGUUCUCUUAUUUUUUUUUAUGUCUGCUAAACAAAUCCUCUUAACCAGUAUUUUUUUUUCUUUUCCUAAGCGAAAAUAGAAGUAUUUAUACCAUUUAUAAAAAGAAAAUGUAAAAACGGCUUUAAGGAGAUAUUUUAGGGCUAUGAAAAGUGCGAGGACUCAUACAACUACCAUCAUGCUGCUUUGCUGUACAAAAUGGAGUCACUGGACAUAGCAUUGUUUACUAAUCUCCAAAGGAAUUAAAAAUCUACACAAGACUUUCUGGUAUUUAAAGUAACGCCAUGGAUGGCCUGUUAUAAGCUUUAAUAUUCCAAUGUUAGUUUUAAAACACCAAUGAAAUGCGAUUUCCCAAAGCUGAAUAGCUAUAAUAACUAAAUGAUGGUUGUAGAUGUAAAAUAUGUUCAUUUUUUUUAAUAACAUCUAAAAAUGGCUUUAAUGGCCGUGUAGCCUAAUGACCUUAUAUGUAUUUUGACGAAGUGCAUCAUGGUAAUGAUUAAAGUAUCAAUAAAAAUUAAUGGGGGUAAAGCU